UGUCUGUUCCUUGCUGAUAUUUAUGUGUUUUGGACAUUUGUAUUUGUAUGUGUGCAAAAACAUGACUUUUAUAUGACAUAAAUAAGGAGGCAUAGUUUGUGAGCUGUCUAACAAGUCAAAAGAGGGACGGAAUGUGGCACAAGAAUGAGUACCGGGAAAGGUGAUAAUGCCGAGCAGCAAGGUGAUAAAGGGGAGAGAGGAACUGGAGCAACACCCCUCCCUCCUGCUUCUGCUUCUGCCAUCUGAUGCGGAGACGGUGUUGCUAUGGGCAACCAUCCGAGCAAGAGAGAGGCAGAAAGAGGGAAAUUUGGAGACCAGCUGGUAAGAGGAAAGGAGGACACCAGAAUACAAGAUCAGCAAAUAGGAGCGAGAGCUGGUCCUUCUGCCUGUCUCGCCUCACUCCGCCUCGCCUGGCUGAGCAGAGCUGAUUGAAGCAGAGCUCCAGAUGACGACGACGAAGCAAAACAGUCAAGCAGAGGACACAACAGCCUGCCAGCAUCAGCAGCAAAGAGGCUGGCUGCCCAAUCAUCAGCUGACAUGCUCAUGAGUUCAGCAGCCAAUGAGGUGCCGGGAGGCUCCUCCCGAGCACAACCACUCGGAUGCAGAGACAGCACCAGCCUGCCUCAGAUCUCUUAUUAAUGAAUGGAGCAGUCCUCAGGCUGGAUCACUGCACAUCUCCGCGCUUGCUGCUCGACUGCACGGCUGCACAGCUGCUCUCCCCUCUGACACGGCAAGACCGGGAGAAAAACAUCAACGCUGACAACAAGGACAGCAGCAGUACAGGAAGAGCUAAACAGUUGCCAUGAAGGGACGACAAAGAAACACAGGCGCCCAUGAUGAGGACACAACUGAGGACGUGGCAGCAGCUAUUGAAAACAAGGACCCACAUCCUGAUAUUAAACCACCGGAUUCACCUUCUCCUUCGUCGUCUUCUCCUCCUCUUCCUCCAUUAGCCAUGCCACCAUCUACAUCAGCCUCCACCCUCCUAGCCCUAGCCUCUCCAGCCACCCGGCGCUCAAUUUCCAUGGGAGACUUCCGGAGGGUGACAGGGGCUCUGCUAGCCCGCUCUGAUCCCCCAUCCACCUCUGCCACGGCCCCCUCCUCCAAGCUCGUCACCCCCAGCUCCAGCAUGGAGUUCGAGGCAGCUCGGCGGCGCCUCCUGGAGGUCGAGGAGCGCCAGCGCGUCAUCAGAGAGAUGGAGCGACGACUGGAGGAGCUCAGGGAAGUGUUUGUGCGCUCGGAGCAGGAGGUGGUGGUUCACGGGGAGCUGGUGUCGCGGAUAUCUAGCGGAGCCCAGCAGGGGGAGCUGUUUGUGGCAGAGAACAGCCAGCGGCUAAAGAAAGGCCUGAGGUUCAAGAAACAUCGACCCACCAUCGUCUUCUCCUCCAUGCUGGGACUCCGCACGUGCCUCCCGUGGCCUGUGAAGCUCAAAUAGGAGCAAUAGCAACUUGCAUUUCCACCACCGCUGUAGAAAUGUGCUUUACAUUAAUGGGAGGUUAGACUUCCAUUCUUUAGCUAUCACUCAUCAACACGGCUGCUCUCAUGUUUCCACCUUUCUGCUCUUGUAUCCUGAGGCUGGUCCUCCAGGACUUUAGAGUGCCUACAAUAAUCACAAAUGCUAGUAUAAGGAGCUUCAGUGCAUUCAGUGCAUUUCCGAGGAAAUUAUCUGGCUAGCAAACCAAUCAAGCCAGUACCAGUGCAAUGUGUACAGGUUUUCAUUAUGUCCUCAUUGUUUUGACUUUGCUGCUUGCAGUUUAACAUGGUGUUGGACUUGCAUAGGAAAGAUUGUAUUUUGAGAUUGAAUCCAUGGUGCAUGGAUGAGUCAUUUUUCAGGUGAUGUGGGAGUUCAGACUGGCCUGUUAGGUAACGCUCGCUUUGCUGCACAUCUCUUAACUUAUGCAGCAAUGACCGAAAAGCCAAUAGGGAUUAUAUAAUGUAAAACUUCUCAGAGGAAGAAGAGAGGGAAGAGGAAAAGAGAUAGGCAGCGGGAACAGUCUGCCUCUCCAAGGGAAGGGCAGCGAAAGAGAACGAGAGGUGAAGCUGUGAUAUCUGCACUGUUACGUCAAAGGAUGCAGUAAAGAGGCAGGAAAUAGAAUGUGUGGAAUUUAGCCAGCUGAGACCUACACAGAAAAUGUGCCUUGGCCUCUCUGUGACCACUCGUUUCAACACCACAACCUCUGUGUUUGGCGGCAUAAAACAAGGAGAAGGAGGAGAGCAGGAUGGGAGUUUGUUCCACCUGUGGCCUCUAUUUUUUUAUUUAUUUUUUUUUUAAUCCAGUCACCUAGCAACCGCUCAUCUCUCAAUCCUAAAUCCGCUUCAACAAAAAUCUCCAGAAUGUAUCCAGCAGAGCACUGUAACUACACUACGAGACAGCUGUAGAAGGCCCCUUGCAGGAUUUAGCAUAGGAAUACACCUGCUGCAUUUCAACUGUAGUCAAAAACAUUGUCAGUACGAGCUGCUAUUGAAUCUGCUCUUUUAUUUGAUAAUUAGGGCUUUGCACUUAAGUAAAGCCACGCAUGCAUUAGCAAGCAAAGCUAAGGUAGGCCGUCACUGUUUGUUGAUUGUGUCUGGGCGAGCUAUUUAGAGCUCCGAGACUGACACAAGUGUAGUGUAUAGCGUGCGCAAUAACAGCCUCACUGGUAUCAUAAUCAGCUUUUUUUUGUGGCAUUUAAAAGAAGUUGGACAAUGUGGCUUCAUUCAGGGUUUCUAUGUAGUUUUGGUGAAUUUGAUAGAAGAGUCACUAAUUGUGCUUGUGAUCCUUCCCAUGCACAGCAGUAUCUUUGUCCCAUAUGCGAUGGAUGACCUGGUUUCUACAUAUAGAUCACACACAUUUUUUUGCCCUAAUUCUUUUCCUUUCCUCCGAUCCCUCUUCCCUCUGGAUUAGCAGUGACUAGGUAUGUCUUGUAUUCAUCUGUUCAACCGAUCCCCUGCUUCAGCUGUAUGCCUGCAUUUGGAAAGCACAGCCAAUACACCAGGGAUACCUAUUUUUGGCAUUCAAAGGUUAUAGCAGAGAGGCAGGCAUUCAGUCUCAGUGCAGCAUUUGAUGGAAAAAGCAUGCUAGUAUCAAUCUAUGUGUACCACUUUCCAAAAGAACGAGAAAGGAUUUCUGCGUGUGCAGAAUGGGGCUUUGUUUGCUCUCUUAUUAUAAAUGACCCCAACUGAGAACAAAGCAAAGCAGUUUUCCUAAAGAGGGACAUGGUGUGUAAUCACUUAGCUGUCUUUAAAGUCAUCAUGUGUACUCAGACAUUCUAGUUUUAAUUGCUCCCUGGUCGCAAAGAUGCACAAGACGGGGACAUGCAUCGUUUGAGAUGUAUUAGGAACAUCUCUUUGUCUCUGUCAGGGCAGGAAAAGACAUUGAUGUGUUGCUCUGUGCCCAGACUGCCUGUAUCAGGAACCCUGCAGGCAUGGUAAGAAGGAACAAUGUGAUGUGACGACUAUACUCACAAGUCUUUUAACGUAUGUUGAUGAAGAUCAAAUAGAACAAAGAUGCCCGAUGGAUUUGGUUAUUUUGUAAUUUUCACUAUAAGGGCUUCAGUGAUCAGUUUGUCUAAGAUGAUUGUGAGCAAAGUUAAAGGGGCACUCAGCUGAUCUUCCAUAUGAACGUCAGGUUACUGUAGUCUACUAAAGGUUGAUGCUAUUUAGUAGCAUUAUAGGGAAUGCUGGCUAGGGUAGAGCCCAUGGAUGAGGGAGCCAGGGGUGCUGAGGACAAGGCUAUAGCAUUAUGCUGAAUUUACAAGAAGGCUCAAAUGAUGAAGAAUUUGUAAGAAACAGCUCUUUAAGUUUAACUGUUUAAGUUUCUCCUCACUCAACAAGUUACAUAACUGAGUGAAUUUUUGAAUUUCUCUCCAUUUUCAUCUCCUUGCUGUUGUUGACUGUAGUUGAUGCAGCUGCCUUGACCUGUUAUAUGUUGGUGUUCAAGUUUGCCAUCUACCAUAGUAAUUGGCAUAAAUAAUGAUCAGAUACAUGUUGCUGUAGAUAUUCAAAUUUAUACAAAAACAUGAAUGUCGCGCACCACUUAGGUCAAGAAUAUAGACUGACUCCUCAGCAUACCUGACUGUGACCACUUCCUACUUCCCUGAUAGAGCCCAACCAAUACAGUUUUGGGGGGACCAGACCCAAUACUGAUAUUGGAGUGAAAAAAUUCUGAUAUCGCUCGGCCAACAUUCUUAUACUAACCAAAUAUACUGUAUACAGAAACACACAUUUGGGCUGACAGUGGCUAACCAGUAUAUCGGUCAGACUCUGAUCGGGACCAAAAAUCAGGAUCUGCUGCUUUUACUGUGAUUGCUUUUAAAAAAAAAAAAUCUAUCCCAACUUCAUGAAAGUGCAGUUCUAAAUCUCUGGAGUACCCCUUUAAGCAAAGAAAAUGUUACAUACUCAGUGUGACUUAGCUUUCAGAUUCCUGACAGCCAUGAUGACCUUGUCAUUGAAUGUUUUCUAUCUCUGUAUAAGCAUUCCACCUGAACGAGGGAAGUACUGCUUGCUGUCUUCGUGCACAUCUAUACCAAACAAUAUUCAGCUAUCAGCUAGGCUAGUUGCCAGCAAAACGCUGGUGCAGAAUAAAAGGGUCUAGUAGGCCUUUAACAUGUAUUCAUGGUCCUAUGUAUAUACCUAGUUAUAACUGAAUAUACAGCUGGCCUAUUGCUUUUCAUAUGCCUUAUGCAGUGUUUGUGCAUUGGCAGUGAUAGUGUUAACACUGAUGAUGAAGGAGAUGGUAAACGGGCAAACUCAUGACCAUCAUAAACCUCAUCCAGAAACAUCAUCAUCUGGGCAGAAGAAGGAAAAAAAAACAACUCAUGCACUGUUGUUGGACUGCACCUUUUUGUGUUUUUCUAUGAAUGAAAAGAUUUCCCAAAGAUCUCUGGGCCCACUUGCAGAAUGAAUGUAAUGUUAAUUGUUACCGACGUGUUUUCUUUUCCCUCGACACUGAACACGGUAUAAUCACAUUUAUCUUGUCUGAACCUGUGAUUGGCAAUAAAUCCUUUCUUUAUGUUCAUGGCCUUGGAAUCACAUUAAAGGUUCCUUGUGGAGUUUUUCACCACCACAGAAGUAAAUAUGACUUCUUAAGUGCGCCAAAAAUAUUUUUUAUGUAGGCAUUAAAUAUCUCAAAGUGUGAUAUACAUUGAUUUGUUUUGUAUUCUGUAUUUAUUUCUUUAUAUACUGAUCCCUUUAUUUCAACUGUCUUACUAUGUCAUUUAUUAAUAUAUUCAUUUAUUUAACUAACUAAACUAUAUUUAUAUUUGUAAUAUCUUGCAAAGGGAAAAAUACAGAAAUAAAAUUAACAAAAAAAAGCAAAAAUUGAUAAAUGCCUACAUUAAAUGGUAAAGUAAAUUAAUACAGGGAUUAAUUUAAAACUACAGAGGCAAAUUAAAACAGAAAUAUCAAUUUAUGUCACAUUUUAAAAAAUUAUUUUAUGCCUGAAUUGACUUCAAAUGUUGUUUUUUGGUGCAUUUAGUAGCAUAUCAUUUAUUUAUCGAGCCAUUUAUUUAUUUCUUCAUUUAUUUAUUAUUUUGGCAGUUUCAGUCUGCCAUUAACAUGCAGCUGUGGUGUGAUAAACAGUCCUGUUGUAGGCUUGGAUCUUUUCUGCUGACUCCACAGUGUUCCUUCUAAGGUCUUGUGACUUUUUGAUACAAGAGAGUUCAAACCAAACAAAAAAAAUUCUUGAGGUAACAACGACUAACUACAACAACAGCUCUCACAGCCCUUUACUGACAAGCACAGGUCCAAAAAACACUUUUCUGAUGUUUGUUUAUCCUCUGAAUGUUUUAAUAUUUUGUGUUUUCGUUUUAUGUGACGUAGGGUGCGGUACGUAUUUAUGAAGCACAGAACUUUGUGUUUUUUCUUCAAUCAGGGGUUUAUGACCUUUUAUUCACAGUAUGAUGAUAUUUUUGAUUGAAAGCUGUAUAUUCUCUACUAGUAUGAAUGUUAAGUCCAAUUUUACCUGGAAAAUGUUAUAUGCUUAACAGCAACAGCAGGUUUGGAGUCAAUUUGCUUUCAGUUCUGAAUGUUAAAUGAAUCAGCUAUUUGCAUAAUAAUUACGAAGCCUUAAUUCUAAUGAUUUGUGACAGAUUUAUGGUCAUGGGACACUUUUCACAGGAAAGAAAGCCCACUUUUCUAAAUGUAAUCGAAAAACCAGCUGGAUUGGAGGUCAGUUGUCCCCAAACCUUUCUGCUUCUGAAAAGGCUUUUGCUUUCUGCUGCACAGUAAAAGAAUGAAUGUUAUGCUUCUGUUUAAUGCUUAAAUUUUGCUGCCACUUAUUUCAAAUCUUUACACUGUCAUUAACUUGAGCACAGAGCUACAAUGUACAAGACUAGUAAAUGUUAAAAGAUUUCAUUUUAAGCAUAUCAGGUUUUGUAAAAUAGACCGAAUUAUUAGAAUAAACAAACUAAAUGACCAAA